AUGCCAUCUUCUACUUCAACAAGUGGCAUAACACACUCACUUGUAUCGAUACAGGGCAUGACUUGUGGUGCGUGCUCUGCAAGCAUCACUGAAGCUUUGGAAAAACAAGAUGGUAUAGAAAAGGCAUCAAUAUCAUUAGUCACAGAGGAUGGAUUAAUCACCCAUUCUAUCAACUAUGACCCACAAAAUAUAAUCACUGUCAUUGAGGAUUGUGGAUUCGAUGCCCAAUUACAGAAAAAAUCGAUUCUCAAGUCCAGCACAGGUUCACAGUCGGAGGUGUUGAAGCAAACUGUGCUCGGAAUAGUGGGGAUGACAUGUGGUGCAUGUUCAGCAAGUAUAACUGAAGCGUUGGAGAAAAUAAGUGGUGUGUCAUAUGUGUCUGUAUCACUAAUCACGGAGGAAGCUUUGGUGAAACAUAAUUCAGCUGUAUCUUUGGAUCAAUUGAAGGAUGCGAUUGAGGAUUGUGGAUUCGACUUCACACAUGUGCAAACAACUGAUACACAUGAGCGAAGCAACAAAGACCCAAAUCUUAACGGUGAACCAUUGGACGAGAUUGAGGAAACAAGCUUGAGGAUAAUGGGUCUACAUCCUGAUACGGACUUGGUUGGGUUCAAAUACAAUCUUGAAGCACAAUUGCAGAGCACACCUGGGGUAUUAUCAUUUGAAGUAUCAUGGCAUGAUGAAGAGGAUGGCACUGCACAAGACUUGACGUCUCUGUCUCUGCCAAGGACAUCUAUUGAAGAACUGGCUCUUGGUGUUGGUAACGAAUUGAUUGUAUCAUAUAAUCCAGUAAUAACAGGCAUUCGUGAUAUAGUUGACGGUCUUGAUACUUUGGAGCCUGGAGUCACAUUUUUUGUCAUCAACUCCUUAGACCAGUCAUCAGCCACUCAGCUCAAACUACUAUCUAAAAUCAAAGAUAUCAAGUACUGGUCAAACAUCGUUAUCCAAAGUUUAUUAUUCGGUAUACCAAUAAUCAUUCUCGUACACACAGAAAACACAAAGUUGUGGAAGACGACAACUCUAUUCCCAGGGCUUUAUUUGGUGUCAUUGAUUGAAGGGUUACUUGCAAGUUAUGUCCAAUUUCGACUAGGUGCAAAAUUCUUGCGUAAAUUCUCAUCAUUUGUGAAAAACAACUUUAAAGGUGCGUCAAUGGACGUGUUGGUAUCUAUUUCAACAAUGGUGACAUACAUUUUCUCAAUUGUGUCGAUUGUGGUUAGUGUUUGGCGUGGUAACACGGAGAAACCGCCAAAAGUUUUGUUUGACACGCUAGCAAUGUUGGUGACAUUUGUAUCUUUUGGUAAAUUAUUGGAAAACAAAGCCAAAGGAGCCACAUCCUCUGCAUUAUCGAGGUUGUUGUCGUUAACUCCUUCCACGUGUACAAUCAUUGCCGAGUCAACUCAGUAUAUGAAAGAAAUGGAUGGCAACAAUGACAAACUUCAACAAGAUUAUCAAACUAGAACAAUUAGCAUUGAUUUGGUACAAACUAAUGACAUUGCGAUUGUGUUACCCGGGGGCAAAGUGCCAGCGGAUGGGGUCAUUGUUUUCGGAGAAUCAGAAAUUGAUGAAAGCUUGAUCACGGGUGAGCCUUUACCCAUCCACAAACGGAAAGGAGAUUCUGUUAUUGGUGGGUCAAUCAAUGGACCUCAUUUGAUACAUCUUAAAGUCACGAAAACCGGUAGAAAGUCCCAAUUACAACAAAUUAUUAACUUGGUUAAAGAAUCGCAAGUGAAAAAGGCUCCAGUACAAAGAUUUUCCGACUAUGUUGCGGCUAGAUUUGUGCCAUUUGUCAUUAUGUUGGCGAUUGUAACAUUUACAGUAUGGGCUAUUGUAUGCCUGACAAUGCACACUGAUGGGUUACCAAUGAUUUUCCGUAGUAAUGAAAAUGGCAAGUUUUUCGUUUGCUUACAGUUGGCAAUCUCGGUUAUUGUUGUUGCUUGUCCAUGUGCUUUGGGAUUGGCCGCGCCCACUGCUGUUAUGGUGGGUACUGGAGUCGGGGCCUUGAAUGGUGUCUUGAUCAAAGGUGCUGACAUUUUGGAGAAAACAACGUCGGUCAAUAUCAUCUUGUUUGACAAGACAGGGACAUUGACCACUGGUGAAAUGAGUGUGGUGAAAUCGAAGCCGGUAGCAAUUGAUCAACCCGAAUCAAAGCUUUCGGUAUCUGAUUGGUGGAAAUUGAUUGGUUCAGUAGAGUGCAAUUCGGAGCAUCCGGUUGGGAGAGCAUUGACUAAGCUGGCUAAGUCAUUUUGUGGCUUGAGUUUUGAAGAGGACUCUUUUGAUACAUUGAUAAAGGAUGUUAAUAUCUUGCUUGGGGCUGGUAUUGAAGCUAAUGUCACUUUGCACUCAUUCGAAUACAAGAUCUACGUGGGUAAUUAUAAUCUCAUAAAGGAAAAGUUUCCUCAGUUGAUGCAUCAGAUUGAUAAUGAAGAUUUCAAUUCUAUAAACACAGUCAUCUACGUUGUGAUCAAUGGACAAUACUCUGGUUAUAUUGAACUUUCAGACGCAUUAAAAGAAGGUUCUCGUGAAGUUAUACACUACUUGAGAGAAUCCGAGGGUUACAUCAUUGGUAUGGUUACAGGAGACAACAAGGGGUCAGCCUUGAAAAUAGGAAGAGAAGUUGGCAUUACUGAGCAAAACAUUUAUUAUGAAGUAUCUCCUAUACACAAGGACAAGGUCAUUUCCAACUUGAAAACCAGAUUUGGUCCUAGUGCAAACAUUGCCUUUGUGGGUGAUGGAAUCAACGAUGCUCCAGCUUUAGCCAAAGCCGAUAUCGGAAUGGCAAUCAGUUCAGGAACGGAUAUUGCCAUUGAGAGCGCCGACAUUGUUCUAAUUGGAGGUGGUCAACGCCAACAAGCUGAUUUGUAUGGAGUCAUUAAUGCAUUGAAAAUCUCAUCAACGACAUUCCAACGAAUCAAAUUAAAUUUUGUCUGGGCUGUCAUUUACAACAUCUUUAUGUUGCCAUUUGCAAUGGGGUGUUUCUUGCCGUUGAACUUGAUGUUGCCUCCCGUGGCUGCAAGCAUAGCCAUGAUGAUUAGCUCGUUGAGCGUGGUUAUGAAUUCGUUGUUGUUGAAAUUCUACAAGGCUCCUAGUAUUACUGACAUUGUUGAUAAAUCUGAUUUGGAAAUGAAUGUGAAUGACGAUGACUUCGACUUGAAGAAUGGCACUGCACAAGAGUUUCAAUUGUGGAAAAGAGGCAAGAGUAAGUGGGGAGGUGGGGUUGUGGGGUUAAGGUGGCUCAAGCUGGUUUUCACAAAUAGGAGAGUGAGCAGAAGAAGAGAUAGCCAAGCGUAUCAGUUAGUUUCAGGAAGUUCGAGGGUAUAA